CUAUGCUUUGUAGGUUUGGUUUGUUUGUUGUAAUCUGGCAGCAGUUUUCUGUUGUCAUGUUUAGUCAGAAAUUUUUAUCAAUAAUUUCUAAUAAGAAUUAAAAAUUGGGGUAAAAAAUGCUGCUCUUUCAACUAACUAAACGAAACCCAUUUCUUCCAAGUUGGAAAGUUUAACAAACUGAAAAGGGAGCCAUCGAUGCGGCAUUAUUUAAAUUAUGAUUACCGCCUUUGUGAUACUUUUAUUGAUAAUUACAGUUUGUAAAUCCGAAAUUGAUGGCUAUUGCGCUUCAUACAAUGGGAAAAUUUGCAGCAGUUACUUGAAUAAUACCGGAUUUGUGUGGUACAACGCAACCAAGGAUAAUACAGGUGGUUGGUUAAACGAGCAGAUUACUACCAAGCUAUGGGAUCAAAUGAUUGUCGGUUUGAAGGAACCGUGUCGGAGUGCGGCCGAGAAGCUGCUAUGCCUAUAUGCCUUUCCCGAGUGUUCCAUGCAAAAUAAUAGAGAAGUUGGAUUGCCGUUAUGCUACGAAGAUUGUAUCGCCGUCAAACAACAAUUUUGCCAUAUUGAUUGGGCACUGAUAGAAGACAAUAAGCAGCGUAAUAUUACGUUUAAAUCUAAAGGGCAUUUUCAACUUCCAGACUGUGACACAUUACCUCACUUUAAAAAUCAGAACAGCUCACGAACUUGUUCCUAUGCUGGCUUGACAGAGAUGAAGACUGACGAAAUAACAUAUGACUGCAUAAAGGACAGAGGUCGCUUUUAUCAGGGCAAAGUGAAUAAAACCAAAGACGGUUUAGACUGCCAAUGGUGGAACGUGCAAACUCCUCACUACCAUGUACGCCCACCGAACGUUUUUCCCGAAAUUCAAGAUGCCGAAAAUUACUGCCGAAAUGCGGGGGGCGAGGUGCAUGUCCCCUGGUGCUUUACGACGAAUUCGUCGGUACGAUGGCAAUAUUGCGACAUACCUCGUUGCGUCGACUCGGUCGUAAAAGAAGAACAGAUGCUUACGCCGACAUUUUUGCUUAUCAUGUGCGGACUGGGACUCGUCGUCAUUAUCAUUUUAAUGCUGAUAGUUUUCCUUGUGUGUCGGCUUUUCCACAAACGCCGAAGUGGUUACGGUCGUACAGGUACGGCCGAAGUUACUAUUGAUCUCGAUAAGUUACCAAGCAAUAUGUCGUACCAUAGGACGGGUAUUACGCUAAAUCCGAAAUUAGAACAAUUUGAGUAUCCUAGAAAUGAUAUUAUUUACAUAAGGGAUUUAGGACAGGGUGCUUUUGGAAGGGUAUUCCAAGCGAAAGCGCCUGCUUUGAUGCCGGGCGAGGAUUUUACUGUGGUCGCUGUUAAGAUGCUGAAAGAAGAAGCGUCUGAAGAUCUACAGGAGGACUUCGAAAAGGAAGCCUGUUUGCUUUCUGAAUUUGAUCAUCCGAAUAUUGUAAAACUGUUAGGCGUUUGCGCGAUGGGACGACCCAUGUGCUUGUUAUUUGAAUACAUGGGAAGAGGAGACUUGAACGAGUUUUUGAGGCAGUGUUCCCCGAACAGUCAUGCCAGAGGGGUGGAAAUGGAGGAUAGUCACCAAAAUCAAUUGUCUCACCUAGAUCUCUUAAAUAUUGCGUUACAAAUAGCGUCUGGUAUGGUUUACUUGUCUGACAGAAAAUUCGUCCAUAGAGAUUUAGCGACUCGUAAUUGUUUAAUAAAUGACGCGAUGGUAGUAAAAAUUGCAGAUUUCGGUUUAUCUCAAAAAAUCUAUCUGCAGGAUUACUACAAAGGAGAUGAGCAUGACGCAAUCCCCGUGCGGUGGAUGCCACUGGAGAGUAUUCUGUACAACAAAUACACUGCAGAAUCAGACGUAUGGGCUUUUGGCGUGUGUCUAUGGGAGAUAUUCUCUUUCGCUCUCCAGCCGUACUUCGGUAUGACGCACGAAGAAGUUGUCCGUUUUUUAAAAGCGGAGAAUGUGUUGUCUUGCCCUGAUAAUACACCUACUCAAGUGUACGAGCUGAUGAGACAAUGCUGGCAGCAAAAACCGGCGAAUAGACCUAGUUUUCGGACUAUACAUUGUACGAUAACUACAAUCUACAAUAACAUGCAGUCUGUUCCUUAUUAUUCCUAAAUUUACUUUACUGCCUUAAUUACCUUCACGUGACGAACACCUACAGGAUGUGUUUGUCAACGUGAGUGUGAUCUUCAUAGACAUUUCCAUCAUUCCCUUCGUUAUUGUUAUCCUCGAAGAUUUCGGAAAUUCUAUGUGGGUCACUAAUUAUUUUACUAGGUUGACGCCUAUAAUGUGUUGAACAAUAAUUCAACUCGUUUCAGUAAUAAAUGUUGUUGGUUGUGAAAAUUAGGCAGUUCUAUUUCUGUUAGUCCAUCCAUUUAUUUUUAAGAUUCAGUGAAGUUUUUUAUUCUUAUUACAAGAUCUGUUACUGUAUAGUUACGUUUAGGAGAAGUUCAAUUAUCUAAGCAGCUAGGCUAUAUAUUGUGAAUUUACGUCGUGGUGUAUUUUAUAUGAUCGUCAAAGAGUGUUUCUAUAUUUAUAUACGUACACGUUUAUUAAUAAAACCAAAUGAAACGCACAAAUUUCACAAAAGCUCCAAAUGAUGAAGAAACACGAGCACUUACAGAGAGUAACUAUUUGCUUGUAGUCCCUUCCCCUCAAAAUUAUGAAAUGGUAAUUUAGAUCAGUAGAUUUAACGUGUGCCACAUUGGUUUAGUAGUGGAUAGGAUACCCGGCUUGCACCCUGGCGGCUCGGAUUUUUGACACGAAACAUUUUUUCCGCAAAAAUGCAUACCCAAUUAAGCGAAAUUGAACAUGAGGUUAUUUGUAGGUUUAAGAUUGUGUUCUAAGUUUUUUGUUUAAAGCAAACUUAACAAAAUGUGUAUGCCCAUGAGGAAGCAGUUACUCUCUGUAGGUAUUCGUGAAAAAACAACCUCAUUUUUGCUUCCUUUGGGAGCUACCCUCCCCUUUUUGUGGAUAUGAGGUCUGAUUGUACAUUUGAGGGGUUUGUGUGCAAUACUGGGCAUAUCCAUUUUC